CAUCUAUAUACCCCAUCUAACCUUCAUCCGUUAUAUCUCUUCAUUGUAACCAUCAUGAUAUUAAUAAGGCCAUUUGUAUUUUCAUCAUCCAUUUCUUGCAGAUGAAUAGCACAGAGAUCUCUUUAAAGAAUGCCACCAGCGGCGACAUCAACUUUUGUCCCAUAAAGCCUCAGCACAUCUCCAUCCCUGUGCUCAUUUGUCUGACCUUCUUGGUGGGACUCCUGCUCAAUGUCUUCAGUCUGUGGGUGUUCACAUGCAGGACACCAGUGUGGAAGUCCAGCGCAGUUCUUCAAUUUCAUCUAGCUGUCAGUGAUGUCAUAAUAUGUCCUAUGGGACCAUUUAUGGCAGUAUAUUAUCAUUCUGCUAACUGGCUUUUUGGGAAAGCUCUCUGUCGGCUUAAAGUAGCUUUAAUGUUCUUUCACAUUUACAGCAGUAUUCUGUUUCUCUCUCUAAUUAGCAUUCACCGCUAUGUGGCCGUGGUGCACUACAAUCGAAACUCUUGCAUGAAUCGAAAGGACUUUGUCCAGAAACUCUGUGUUGGAGUUUGGCUUUUUGUAUUGAUAAUGGGAACUGCAUUCGCCGCUAUUGUAGACACGAGCACAGUGGACAAUCACACUUUAUGCCUCAGCAUUCACCAAAGACAAUAUAUGGACUUCUAUUUCAUUGUAAACUUCACUUUCCUCAUUCCUGUAUUACUUCUAGCAUUCAUUGUUUCUGUAGUCUGCUACUGUCUUCUGGUGCGCUCGAUGUCCCAUCUCGACACUAGCCAUGACAAUGGACAAGCUAUUAAGAACAAAUCACGUAAAAUGGUGGCUGUUUGUUUGCUAACAUUUGUUGCUUAUUUCAUGCCUAUGAAUGUGGUGCGCAGUGUGGGUAUUGUGGUCCAGAAAGUCUUCCCCCGCAAAUGCAGCCUACUUUUAGAAAUGGAAACUGCAUAUUAUGUGUCAUGGAUUGUGGCUGGUGCCAACUGCUGUCUAGAUCCAAUUAUAUAUUGUUUCAGUUCUAAGAAAUUCAUGAGAAAUGUUCAUAUCUCUCUUAGUAAAAUAGGUGUGAGGUGUGAAACAGGGCAUGAUGAAUCUUUAUAAGACUGACCUCAUGUUAGCUAGAUGUUAGCUACUUUUUGAUUGAUUACAUUAUGUAUGUAUUAUAAUAUUAAUAUGCAUUAUGUGUGCAUUUUGUUUUGAAAAUUCAUAUUUUCUUUUAAA